GUAGCGACCUCUUUGCGCAGUGCUUUGCGUCACUGCGAGACUGCUUGGCUUUUCACAGCAUCUGACUUCAAAACACUCAUUUUUCCAAUGAUGGUAUUUGCAGCCGUUGUAUCUCCUCGCCAUGACCCGCCAGCCCUAGCAUGCACUGUGUGCUGGCUCUGGUUCCAUCUCUUCCAAUUCAACGUCUCCAACCAAUCCUACUCUGCUGAUGAAGAUAUCGUGAAUAAACCGUGGCGUCCUUUACCG